AUGAUAAAUAAAUUCUAUUUAUAUCCAAUUUAUUUAAUAAUAAUUAUUUGCAUUAAUAGCAAUAAUAAUAAUAAUAAUAAUGGUGCCUUUGUAUUAGGACAAGUUCAAGGAGUAACUUAUUCAAUUGAUCAAAGUUUUGGUUAUACCUAUUUAAAUUCAUUUUCGGGUUCAUGUCAAUAUUCAUUUUCAUUAAAAGUUUAUAAUAAUCUAUCCCCAGUCACUGAAUUAAAAUAUGAUGUAGAACCAGGACUAACAAUAAAACCAAUGAUAAUUGAUUCAGUUAAUAACUAUUCAAUUUUUUCGAUUAAUUGUCCAUUGACUGUAAAUAUUCCCAAGCAAUUUAAAUUUCUUGGGAACACUUUAAAUCCACAAGUAAAUUCUUUAUCAAAAAACUUUUCAACUGAUUUAUAUUGCCAAGAUUUUAAUGUUGAAGGUUUAAAUUUAGAUAUAAAUAAUUCAAGUUUGGUAGCUAAUGAUGGAUUUAAUGGAAUUAGUGGUUUAUUAAGUAUUAGUGGUUUAAAAUAUCCAAUUAAAGAAAUUACAGCUAGUUCAAAAUAUGCCCAAGUAAAGAUAUUCAAUAAAAUUAAUAAUUUAUAUUAUAUAACUUUCUCUUCACCACCUCCAACUAAUAUUGGCGUUUGGCUUAUAGAUUUAUUAUUUCCAAAUAAAAAUUUAACUGUAGCAUUAAUUAAUAAUCUUUUUAAGAAUACAAAUAACUUAAUUAGUGAUUAUAAAGUUUAUGAACCAUCAAUUGACACUUUAAGAUUAAUGGGUACAUUUACUCCACCAUGUUUUACAUUUACAUUGAAUGACAAUACAGAAGCAUUACAAAGUUAUCCAUUCUUUUUUGUAAAAUUAUUUAAUGAUGUUACUUUGAAUAAUCCAGUUAUCCAAGUAUCAUUUAAUAAUGUGCCUUAUUAUCUUGGAGAUUUUUCAAGAUUCAAUUCAAUUGAUCAAUAUUCAGGUUCAAUUCUCUCAACAUUACAAAACCCAAUUGCAAAUAUAUCCUAUCAAUACAAUAAUAAUUAUGUUGAUGCAUUUCCCAAGAGUUUAAAUUAUUUGUAUAAAAGUCUUAGUUUAAGUCAAGGUUCUACGGGACCUAGUAAAACCACAGAUAAAAUUACACUAUUUCGAACUUCAUUUCAAAAAAUUUCACAUACAAAAUGUGAAUUAAAAAAUGAUAGAAAUAUUACAAAAUUUUUAGAUUUUCCUUACGGAUAUGGUAUAGGUAGUACUAAUUCAUUCAUUUUUAAUUUUGAAUUGUAUGAUCCGAUUCGAACUCUAAGUUAUAGGUUAGAAGUUUCUAGAACGACUUUUUCUUCAAAUUCUCCUCCAAACAUAGUAUCAAGAUUAAGAUAUUUUAAAAUUGAUAGAAUUUUCAAUAGAUAUGUUAUGAUUAGUGUUGGAUUUUAUCUUGAAAGUUCAUCAAAUUUUGAUAAUGUUUUAAUUGGUAAACCAGGUGAUGCAGAUAAAUUAUUUAGAUUCAAUAGUUAUAAUGAAACUACUGGUUUAUAUCAAAUGUUUUAUAAAUAUUCUAAAAAUCCAUUCAAUAGAGAUGAUGAUCGAUUUUCAUUUAGAGUUUUAAGUACAAAUGGUGCAAUAACUACAUUUAUAGAAGAUGAAGUGUUUAUUGACCAAUUUUCAAAUAAAGGUACCAUUUUAUCACCUUCAAAUUAUUUUACAGAAUUUAAUAGUGAAGAUAUUGAAAGUAUAACAUUUAAAGAAAAUGUUGUAAAUACUACAUUAAAAUCAACAUUGAAUAGGGUUUAUGUUAAAUUAAACACCACCAAUUCAAAAGUUAUACCAAAAGGUGAUAGUAUACCAAUUGGUUUUCAAUUUAGAAAUGGUAGAAGAUUUACUAAAAAUCCAGAAUCAUAUCAAGAUUUAUUAGAAGAUUCAGAGGGUAAAAAAGUUUAUUAUUUAGAUUGGAAUAGUACAUCAAAAGCAUGGGAAUCUGAUUUUAUAAUACCAGCAAAUUUAGUAACUGGUCAAAUUUAUUAUUACAUUCUAAGUUCAAAACAAUUACAUAAUAAUUUCUAUCAAAAAUUCCCUUUAACAGUAUUUUCAAAUCAAUUUGAUCUUUUAGGUCCAAUUAUUUAUAAUCUUUCAAAAUUGACACCAAUUGAAUCAUCAACUGAAAUUGAAUUUGGUUGGGAUAUUAAUAUUAAAGAUGAAUUAAAUGGUUUUAAAAGUGGUUUUAUUGUAGUUAGAGGUGAUAUUGAUAAUUCAAUUUAUAAUUAUACAUUAACAUCAAAAAUUGGUAAUAAUAUUCUUAUUGAAAAUGAUGUUAUAAAAUCAAUUGACUUUAAAAUAAGAAUUAAAAUUUCAAAAGUUCCAACAUGUGUAACUCAAACUUAUUCUAUUACUGAAUUGUUUUUACAAGAUAAUCAAGAUCAUAUUACAAAAUUUAAUCAAGUUGAAGAAAAGUCACAACUUUAUCCACAAUUGAACCCAUUUUUAUUCUUUUUUAAUUCAUCUUUAAUUAUUACAACUAGUAUUAUAUGUCCUUCAGCUGUUCCAUCACCAAAUGAUUCAAAUGUACCAAUAAUAACUAGUCUUGCUUUAAAGAAUAGUCAAUUAAUCGAAUUUAAUAAUGAUACAAAAUCAUUUGAAGCAUCAAUAGUAUUCACUGUUUAUUCUUAUUUUGGAAUUAAAAAUGAACAAUAUCCAACAUGUUAUUUAAAUUCUGGUGAUUUAGAUUUUAUUUAUUCAAAAGCAAUUCUUGAAUCAUUUAAUGAUACAUCCUAUAAUUAUCGUUGUGUAAUUCCUGUUAGAAGAGGAUUUGGUUAUCCAAAUCAAAUAUUACUUUCAAUCUUUGGUUUAAUUAGUAAUAUUGGUUUAUUUAAUGGUUAUACAUCAGGUGUAUUAUUUAAUACAUUUGGUAUUGGUAUAUUUCCAAAUAGUGUUUCUGUUCCUACUUUUUCAUUCCCAGUUUUAACAAAUGUUUAUUAUUCAAGUGGAUCAUUUUGGAUUCAAGGUUAUAAUUUAUUCAAUUUGAAUUUUGUUAUGGUUACAAAUGUAACUUCUUCAACAAAAAUUUAUUAUGAAAUUGAUAACACAAUCGAUAGUAGAUUUCAAAAUUUAAUAAAAUUAAAUAUUCAAUCAUUAUCAGGAAACUUUGAUUUUUUAGUUGUGGGAAUUCAAUAUGAUUCAAGAACUACAAAUACACUUUUCUUUGAUAAUAGAUUAAUAGUAAAUUAUGAACCACCAACAACACCACCAAUUGUACCAACUUUAACACCAAUUCAAAAAUGUUCUGGAACACCAUUAUGUGGUGGUAUUGAUCAUGGUUAUUGUAGUCAAACGGUUGGUUGUAUUUGUUAUUCACCAUAUAUUGGAAUUGAUUGUACAUCACAAGUUAUUGUAAUACCUCAACCAAAUAUAACAAAACCAACUGAUCCAUCUGUUAUUAUUGAAACUAAACCUAUUGGAGAUAAUAAUAACCAAACAUCAGGUAAUCAAGUUUUAUUAUCAAGUAUAAUUUCAAUUGCUGAACUUAGAGAAAUUAAUAGUAAUAAUAAUACAAUUAUAAAAAGAUUUAAAUUUGAAAAAUGGGUUCAAACUACAUUAUCACCCACAAUAUCACAAUAUAUUUCAAAUGAUGUAUCGGAUGGUUUAAUAGAUCCACCAGCAAUUGUAAAUGUAAGAAUUGAAUGGUUUUCAAAUUCAACCAAUAUCUCUUUUGCUGAUCAAUCAAUUUUAAUUAAUCCAUCAACUUUAAAAUAUACAAUCACCAUUUCACAAUAUAAAUAUCAAUCAAGAUUAAAUAAUCUUCAAUUGAUUAUGAAUGCUAAAGUUCAAUCUAAUCAAAGUGAUAAUAUAUGCUCAAGUUAUCAAUUUGGUGAAUCUUUUGAUUAUGAACAUGAAAAUAGUAUUAACUUUAUAAAAUUACAAAUUGGUAAAUAUAGUUUAAGAGGUAAAUAUAUUAAAAGAGCAAUUAUUGAUUCUUCAAGAAUUGUUACAAUUAAAAAUGAAAUCUUAUAUGAUUUAGAUAAUCAACAACAACAACAACAACAAGCAAAUAGUACUCAAUCAUAUGUUGGUAUUACAAUACCAUACUUUUUAGAUAGUGCAAUAUUAGAUCCAGAUUUUUCAGUUUUAUUAGAUAGUGGUGAAGCAAAUUCAGAUUCUCCAAACUCUGUUUGUGGAAAUGACUUUGAAUCUGGUUUAAGUAAAGGUCAACUUAUUGGAAUUAUUAUUGGUUCUGCAAUUUUUUUCAUCAGUCUUGUAGCUAUUUUAAUUUAUUUAGUUUAUAAAACUGCCAUUUGUUUACCAGUUAGAAUAUUUUUAUAUAAAAUAUCAAAAAAAUCAAAGGUGUAA